CGAGAUGGUCGGUAGCGGUGCCUGCGAAGUGCAUACUUAGGCACGACAGCGCAACAGAGAUCCAUACAGCCGUUGAGUAGCAGCAAAUUCAAACCCCUUGAAAAAGCCCCGUCAAGCCCGUCAUUCUCCUUUUACCAAACCUCUCAAUCCGCACGUCGCAAUGGCAGCUACCCAGAAAAACCCCGCCGAGCUCGAGAAAGCCAGAGCCCUGGCCCACGUGCCCUGGUGCGAGGAAUAUGAGAAAAUGAUCUCAGGCAUGCUCUACGCCGCCUCCGCCCCAGACCUGACCGCCGCGCGCUACCGCGCCCGCGCCUUCGCCCACGCGUACAACACGUACUUCCCGCCAGCCACCCAGGACCCCAGCACGGGCUUCGACGUGCUCGCCGCCACGCGCCAGGAAAUGCUGCAGGGCAUCAUCGGCCGCCUCGGCGAGCACGUCUUCAUCGAGCCGCCCUUCAACAUCGACUACGGCUGCAACAUCACCCUCGGCGCGCGCUUCUACGCAAAUUUCAACCUGACCAUCCUCGACUGCAGUUUAGUUACUAUCGGGGCCCGCUGCAUGUUCGGCCCCAACGUGAGCAUCUUCGCGGCGACGCACGAAACGGGUGUUGCGAGUCGGCGCGCGGAUGUCGAGUACGGGCGGCCCGUGGUGGUCGGGGAUGAUUGCUGGGUUGGCGGCGGUGCGGUGAUAUUGCCGGGCGUGACGAUCGGGAGGGGGUGUACGGUGGGCGCGGGCAGUGUGGUUACGCGGGAUGUGGAGGAUUUUUGCGUCGUCAUGGGGCAGCCGGCGAGGGUGGUGAAGCGCGUGGAGGAGGUUCCUGUGGAGUUUUUGGAGGAGAGUGGGUAG